AUUUUUCUAAUCCUCUGUUUGUUUCUCGGGAAAAUUUUGAUUGAACAAAAUUAAACCCGCAACUUUCUGCUUUUCUUUCAAUAAAAUUGUCUAUAUUGCUUAUGUUUUGACUGUAGUCUAACUAACUAAUUUUCCUUGAGCUGAUAAUACUCCCUCGCUAUUAACAUAAUUAUGGGUCGUGGAGUAAGCAGUGGUGGAGGACAGAGUUCUUUGGGGUAUCUCUUUGGAAGUUCAGAGGAACCAAAACCGGCAAGUAAGGUUGAAGCAGCUGCUCCUCCGAAACCAGAACCGGUUGCAAGCAAUGUAACUGCUGAAAAACCUGCUUCACCUGCUGCAUCUUCAGAUGCCACCAAGCAGAUUCCAGCUGGUGUUCCAGCCGCCACUACAAAUAACUAUUUUCGAGCUGAAGGACAGAACUGUGGCAACUUCCUCACUGAGCGGCCUACAACAAAGGUCCACGCAGCCCCUGGCGGCGGGUCAUCACUGAACUACCUGUUUGGUGGAGAUGGGAAAUGAGAAGUGUCGGCAUAGGUACUGGAUCAAUUGCUAUAUAGAGGACUGUUUAAAUUUCAGCACAAAUGGAUCUGUUGAAGUAUUAAGAUGUUAAAACAAUUAAUCUUAAGUAGGCUUCUAUAUAAUUAAACUCUAUGUCUGCAAAACGUGAACAUUCUCUUCUCUUUAUUGAAGCCAGUGAAUGAUUGUGAUUAACUAAAGGAAGUUCAUCAAUCAUGUCAUUACAUCGUAUGCUCUCCAUAAUAUUAAUGUUGUGAAACAUGGCACUUCAAUAAGCUAUAAGUACUAAAUUAUAAAUUGAAAUGUAGUUCAUUUUGUGUUAAA